AUGGCAGUAAUCAAAGGGAAGAAUAAGGUGGGUGAGAGCAGUGGAGGAGGAAAUCUGGUAGAAACGAAACAUGGAAAAGCAGGUGAACAAAAGGGAAUGGGUUUUGAAGAUGGGCCAUGGAAAGAGGUCCAGAAGCAGCGGCGAGUGAGGAAGGUGGUGGAUAGUCGGAAAAAUAGUGCGCCGAGAAGCCAUAAUGACAAAUCCAAAAUUGUGGGAUCGUGUUUUCUGAUUUUGGAAAAUGAGGAUCAGGUAAUUAAUGGUGAUGAUUCUACUCUUAAUGGUAAUAAUAUGAUAAAGCAAGGAAAAGAUUCUGAUGUUUCUCGUACCCCAUCAAAUGAGGCAACUACUAAUAACGUUGAUACAUGUGCAGGGUGCUGA